UGGUUUUGUAAAUCUAAUGUUUACAUAUUCUGCAAAUCGGUUUCUCUAGUGCUAACUUGUUUUCUUUUCUAUUUUUUAACCUAGUUUAGGAUCGAUCAUGGAUUUCGUGGAUUCAGAGACACAACCACCUGAUGAUUUACCACAGCUGGAAACUGAUUACAACAUGCCUCCUCCACUUGCUCCAGAAUGUAAACGCUACAAAUGGAAAAUAGAAGUCAUUGAUACGAAUGGAAAUAUAGAAGGCAAACUGAUGACAUCUGGAGAUGUCUGGAAAUUGCAAGACAGUCAAGUUAUUGUGCAUUUCGAUGUAGAUACAAGUCAACCAAUUGGAGAUUCAGGAGGUUUACUUGGAUCAUGGUUAGGUCAAUUAAGCACUGAUGUGCGAUUGCUACCCAUUGACUACGCCGAUUGGAGGUUGGUUAGUUCUAAUAUAAAAGAAAAAGCAUGGGAAUUAGUUCAGUCCAAAUUCAAAUUUGAUGAUCCUAUGAGGAGAAAAGCAUAUGUAAUGAGUGCACUAGGUAGUCGAUGCAAGGAUGUCAAAUUACGUCUUUGGAAAGAACACAAAAAAAGUAAUCUGAUUGAAACGUUGAGGAAUCGACCCGAGAAAAUUCCUGAAAAUCAAUGGUCUCAUUUCGUUCACAAGAGGUUCACUGAAAAGUGGAAGAAAAUGCAAGAGCGGAAUACAAGGAGCCAAAAAAACAAUACCAUGCCUCACUUAUGUGGAAGAAAGAGUUUUUCAAGAAAAAGAAAUGAGAUUAAAGUCAAGAUCGGAAAAACACCAUGUCGAGCCGAAUUUUUCAUUGAGACUCGCAAGAAACCUGAUGGAACCUUUGUGUCUGAGGAGGCGAAAAUACGCGCGGAGGCACUCACCACGUUGAUGGAGCAAAAUCCGCAAGUCCCGAGCAAUGUUACUGCUAGAUUGGAUGAUGAAUAUGCUCAAGUGUUUGGUCCAGAGUCUUCAGGACGAGUUCGUUGUGUUGGCCGUGGACCCACACCUUCAAAAUUAAUGAGACACUCGACGGCUGCAACUACACAAGAGAUAGAGAAUUCUGAAACAGUUACCCAGCUGAGGACACAAUUGAAAGUUUUAGCAGAUCAGGUUAAGGCAAUGUCUACAUUCGUUGGACAAAUACUUGGUAAUUCAACUGGCGAACAGGCAACUGCAUGGGCUGUAAAUUUUGCAACAGCUUUUGCGAACAUACCAAAUCCAGCCUUUGUAAACAUUCCAAAUCCACCGAAUCCUCGGGAAUUGGAUGAUGGUGCCAAUGAUAAACGCUAGAUGCUUAAGCAUUCAACCAAAUGCUAGUCAUCAUCAUCUACGUACGAUGAUCAACAUCUGUUUGUCACAACAUUUUAGCCU